UCGUUGUUUUCAUUGCAGUUUUAGGAUUUACUUUUCAAAAUGGUAAAUACGUGCAUUGUACAAGGCUGCGAAAACAAGCAGAAGUGGCAUCUAACAACAAUGUUCCACAGAAUUCCUAAAGAUGAGCACAGAAGAUGUCUUUGGCUGGCUGCGCUAGGAAUUUCCGACACUACACCGGUGGAGCAAUUAAACAAAUACAGAAUCUGCGAGGAUCAUUUCAAACCUGACGACUAUGAUCAGAAAAUGACCCACAAUUCCGGAAAGAUGGUACUCAGACUGAAAAACACAGCUGUCCCAUCUGUUUUCGACACCGAGAUUGAGCGUGCUACAUCUGCAGCAAUGGCGGGUGCGCUCAGUGGUGUACGAGAGGAUGUGGAUGACUCUGCUGAAGCGGAACCUGCCAGUGCCCGGUUUUCGGGUAUUCUACAAUCCACUCCAGAGAAGUUCAAGUCGCCAUUUCCUGUGCAAGGCCCAGUGACGCCACGCACCAGGUCACCCCGCCUUGCUCCCUUAUGGACACAACAACCGGGCACCUCAUCUACGGCCAUGGUGGGCACAGUCAGUCCAAGAAGAGGUCUGCAAUUUGAAGAGCCAUGUGAUGUACCUCAGUCUGAGAUGGAUAUCAGCGCCACAUCAGCAGCCUUGGAUGUCAGCAUGACCUCAGAGCCAGCUGUCGACCCAGCGGACACAAGUUUCGUCCCUUACUCCACCCCCUCCUCCUCAACCACAGGAAGCUCUACAAGCUUAUCAGCUCAACCCGGAGGCUGGCAUGAGAAGAAGUGGAUCGUGAAUGAGUCCAAGCUAAUGGAACUAUUUCAAAGAUGUCCAACUUGUGGAGCUCCUAUGUGUGAUGUAAACCAAAACAUAAAAGAAGUUGGCAGCCAAAUAACAAUAAAAUGGGAGUGCAAUGAAGGACACAGUGGGAAAUGGCAAUCGUGUCCCGAUACAAGAGGAAUGCCUGAGAAUAAUCUCCUCACAGCUGGUGCCACACUGUGUACAGGGGCAACAUACACGGACAUUGCUGACUGGGCUAAGCUUUUGAAUCUUCAGCUACCUCAACACACAACAUAUGACUCCAUACAGUCUUCAUAUCUCAUUCCAACCAUCGAGAAAGUCUACAAGAAGCGUGAAAGCACCGUAAAAGCCAGACUCAUCUGCCAGACUCUGGAUGGUGAAGAUGUGCACCUCUGUGGGGAUGGGAGAAGCGACAGCCCAGGUCAUUCAUCCAAGUACACAACUUAUUCUUUUAUGGAUGAUGCUACCAAACUUAUCGUUGGAUUUGAUUUGAUUCAGGUGACCCAAGCAAAAAAUUCAGUAGCCAUGGAACCAAUGGGUUUCAAGCAGGGAUUGGACAGGCUCCUAGAUGAAGGCAUUGCUGUGAAGGUCGUAACCACUGAUAGGCAUCCCUCCAUAAGGAAGAUUGUGCGAGAGGAAUAUCCAGAAGUUACACACCAGUUUGAUCCUUGGCAUGUGGCAAAAGGGAUUAAAAAGAAAGUGGUUGUGGGCUCAAACAAGAGGAACUGCAGGGACCUUGCACCAUGGACAAAGAGCGUGAGCAACCACAUGUGGUGGAGCUGUAGCUCAUGUGAAGGAGACCCUACGGAGUUACAAAGAAGAUGGAUGUCCAUCCUCCACCACAUCCAGGGUGUCCAUCGAUGGGAGGAGGGUGAGCGCGAAUUCAGAUGCUACCACGCUGAACUCUCACCAUAUGAGCAGCGAGAGAGGAAGUGGUUGUCCCCUACUUCACCAGCAUAUAAAGCCCUGUGUGACAUUGUCAUGGAUACACGUCUCCUGAAGGAUUUGAACCACAUGACUCUCUUCAAGCACACGGGGGAACUGGAGGUGUUCCACAAUUCGUUGCUGAAAUACUGCCCAAAGAGGUUGCACUUCCCAUACCCCUCCAUGGUGGCACGGACAAUGUUGGCGGUCAUGGACCACAACGAAAACCACGAACAACCUCGAGAACAGGCAGUAACCGCAUCUGGUAAGAACGGCUACAUUUAUCAUGGAACCCCCUGGCGAUAUAUUCAUACCUGCAAACUUGUCACCUUUUCAAACAUCGGCCUGCCAAAACCCAGCAAGGAGGACGUUAGGAAAGGCCGUACAUCCAGAUUCAAAGCCAAAGACAAAAGGCCGUAA